AUGACACCAUCCAAAUCAGCUCUGGUGCAGAGGGAAGUGUCCAGGAGCAGGACUUUGGAGGACAGCCACGACUCUGAAAUGAGUGAGGAUCUAGCUCCUGCCCCAGCUCCUGCCCCAGCUCCUGCCCCAGCUCCUGCCCCAGCUCCUGCCCCAGCUCCUGCCCCAGCCUUGGCGCAGUCAUCAUGGCGCAGCUGCAAAGCUAGCAGUGACACGGUGUCCGAAGUGGAGAUUCCCAGGAAGAGGAAAAUCAAAACUCACUGGAUCACCUCAAAAAUUGACAGCACUGACUGA